AUGGCGAUGAUGCGGACCAGGACCAAAAGCCGAGGUAUGUGCCUCUGCCUUCUCGGGAUUGCAUUGGCGCUGCUCGUGCAGCCGAGCACGGACUUUGCUCGAGGAGUUCCUGGGCUCAAGGACAGCAUGUUGGCAAAACGGCACCCGUUGCAUGCCGGAGUCGCUCGGCGCGCCGGGGCUGCGCAAGAGGACAACAGUGCCGAGGCCGGGGACACCCUCUUCUUCCAUGAAGGAUGCCAGCCAUGUAAAAAUCAGCAGUGUCCGCCUCCAUGCGAAGUUCGCAAUGCUCUUGAAGUGUAUUGGCAGACUCUUACCUUUUGA